UACCAAAAGUGCCCAUAUUAUUGUACUUCUCAACGCCGCCCACCCAACAACGUCCCGCACAUUUCACCUCCUCGUCGACGUUGCCCAUCAUCCCAAUAUCCCCUGCCUGCCCACUCUAAGCUACUCAACUCUCACGGGUAAUUCACCAUGCCCUCAAAUUUCAGUCUUGGAGCCUGUGCUGCUAUAUUUUCUUCUAUUCUUAUGUCGCUAUCAUUACCGCUGCACUUGUCAUCUAGCCCACCGCCCUAUAAUCACACACAAUCAUCGCAUCAUGAUCAUUCCCUACGCAAAAGUCGGCAAUGUCAGGAUCUAUUGAUCCCUUUGACACCUUCUGUCUUGAUCCACAUCCCAAAUCCUACUUCCUAUAAUCCGCGUAGUGCACAUCGCAGGAAGCGGAAUACACAGAGCAUUCCUAUGGUGAACAUUGUGCAUCAUGGAGCAGUAAGGCGAUCGACAGUGAGUCAAUAACCUGUAGCACUGCGAUAAAGUACCCCAACUAAUGCAACGAUGUUAUUCCUAGUUCAACGCAUAGCAUGCAAGAAUAACAUAAGGAAUCGGUGAAAAAUCUCAUUGAGGUGAGGGUGGACUUGGAGAUUGUCGGCUUUAAUUGAUCAAUUUCUGAUGUAGAUCAUGAUGCGGUUUGACGCC